AUGGCGGACGGAGCGGACGAGGUAAGUGAAAAACUCUUUUUUUCUAAUGAAGCCCUAAAAUAAUUCAUUUUCUGCGAUUUAAAUAAUUCUCCACAAAGAAUGCUGAAAAUUGAUCAUGUUUCUUUAUUUUAACAAAAUCUAGGACGAUGAAGUGUUUGAAAUAACAGAUUUUACAACCUCAUCAGAGUGGGAAAGGUAAUUUUCAGUCUGUAAUUUUUUAAUUUUUUUUGCCCACAUACAAAACUUCUUUUUAUUUAUAUUAGUUAAAAUUCUAAUCAUUUAAAUCUAAGCUCAUUAGAAUUUAGGUUUGUAACUGGCCUGAUGAAACUGCUCGGAAGAGAAGUCACCAAUGGUGCGUUUCCCUGACUCCAAACAAUACUAAAACAGUUGAAAGAAUAUAUAAUGACGUGUCAUUGUUUCCUGCGACCAGUUAGGAGAGACCUUCCGAGCAGCUCCUACACUGCUCUUUUAUAAGGUUGAUUGGUUGAAACUUGUGGUCGUACUUUUGUGAAAUGUCGUUGAAUUUUAUUUGUUGUUCUUGGAAAAUUAUGUGGUGUCGACCAGAAAUUUCUCUGUUAAAUGUUUCAUUGGACAUUGCAAAAAAAAGCAGAAGCAUCGGAGCGUUUUGAAACGUGGGCAGGGAGGGAGGAGGGGGGCUUGUCUUCCACUCAGCCAUGCGCAUACCCCUACCCUACUCAAAUUUUCCAAAAUACCCUUGGCAAUCUUCACAGUGUCUAGUGUGUCUGUAAUCGAGUUGGGACAAUGCAUCUGACGGUAGGCAGUUGUUCAAGCUUGUUCAGGCAGUCCUGCUUCAUGGUGCUUGUUGGGUAGUUCUUGAGUUGUCUGAGGGCAGAAAAUGCACUCUGAAGUCGCUGAUGUCACAGGUAAUGUCAAAUACAUCGGUAAAGACAUUUUUGGCACCAAAACGUGGGCCUCCCCAAUUUUUGUUUGUUGGGCCCAGCCCCUCUGAUCCCCUGCUCUGCCACCUGUGUAAAGAAAGAUAAUAAAUUAUUAUUCUUUUUUUUGCAAUGUCCAUGUUAUUUUAUGGUUGUGUACAGUUGACUCUCUCUUAACGGACACCUCUAUAAGACUGACACCUCUGUAAAACGGACACCUAGAGUUGGUUCCUGCCUUUGUUUAUUCCCUUUAUUUGACUCUUUAUAAGACCGACAUCUCUCUAAGACGGACCCUUAGUGCCGGUCCCAAAGGUGUCCGUCUUGGAGAGAGUUGACUGUAUUAUCUUCUCCAAAAGUGAAGAAGUAUUCACAGGCAUGUUAGAAUCUGUCCAGGUGGAUACCAUAUUUCCUUGAAUAAUAGCCAGGGGCAAUUAUUAUUUUUUUCGCACAAAAAGGGGUGAUUAUUUGCGGGAGGUGAUUAUUUUAAACAUUGCUCACAGGAAGUUGUGCCCUAAGUAUUUUGUUUUAUUUUCCCAUUAGAUUAAAAAAAAUGAUCACAUCAAAUAAACUGAACAUGGGCUCUUUUAGUGCUCCAAAUUUGGUUUCCUGAUUACCUUUCAAUAAAUAAAUAACUAAAUAAAAUAUCUUUAUUUCACCUGUUAAAUUAAAUGACAAACAUUACAUCGGACUCCUCUUCAACUUGACAGGGAGGGGAUAAAUGAAAGAGAAGAUGGCGAGAAGGGUUGGGGGAGGGGGGAUGAUCAUUUGAGGGACAGCUAUUAUUCGAGGAAAUAUGGUGCUUGCAUGGAUGGUGAGCCGGAAAUUAGGCUAUAAAUUAAAUUGAUUAGAGAGAAAUUUAAAGUCACAUUUGUGGCAAUUGGCAAAUGUGAUAUUGUACCAUGUGAUCAAGUUUCACCUUUACUUGUGCACAGUUUUCUGUUCACUUUAACUACUCAGAAAUCAGUGGAUCCACAACAGUUUCAUCCAAAAGAAUAGUUGUUUAUUUGAUUUUCAAGCUAUUUUUAUCUGCUCAUUCUCUAUUUUGAGAAUUUAUCAAAUUGAUUGAGACGUUGUUUACUGUUUGCCUUAAACAUGACUUCUAACUGGAGAAAAAUUAAAUUUAAUGAUUUCAGAUUUUCUGCAAGACUUGAGCAUCUACUUAUUGAGUGGAAGUUAGAUGGACCCCAUAGAAAAUCAGCAUCAACAGAGGUAACUUUAAGGAAGUAAAUAGACUAUAGAUUUAGCUCGUGGGAUAUUUCAAGAAAAGUCUUUCUGCAGUAAUUCAAUGUUUGCUGUAACCAAGAAGUAAACUGAGGUCCUUCUAAAAAAUAGACCUUAGCACUGAGAUCAGUUGGAAACCAAUAACUGGUCAGUGGCGAUAUUUAAAAAAAACCACUUUACCUCAGUGAGUUAUAAACCUUACCCCACAAUACAGUCAUGUGACACUGGUCAGUAGAUAUAUUUUUUGACAGCUGUCAAUUGACUAUAACAUGAAUUUCAAAUAUCAAGUUUAACACAGACUGUAGCUGGACUCCAAGCUAGUACGUGUGACAUUUCACAUCUGCUUACAUGAAUGACUGAACAUACAUAUGUAUUGGUAUAUACUUCAUGCUAGUAUGCCAUAUAGUCGCCCAUCACUCUCAAUCCCAUUCCCUUAUGGGCGACUAUAUGGCAUACUGGCAUGAAGUACAUACCUAUGUAUCGACGAUUUUGUCAGAACCAAGAUUUCUUGGAUGCUAGAUAACCAAUUUUUAUUACCCAUGGUGCUCUGCUGCACAUACUUCGUGUGUGUGAAUGCUCCGCUAUCACUAAACUAAACCCUCUCAGAAGGCUGGUGAUAAUGGAUAUAAAGCAGCUAAAUUCCUAAGUUACGUAAAUUUCAUUUGAGUUAGCGCUACUACUUAUACAGCAUAAUAUAACCAAUGUUACUGCAUCUUUGAUCACCAUCAGCUACAGUGCUUACAGUACAAUAUUAUCUUCUCAAUAUUUAUAAUAAUAUUUUUUUCAGGGAAAAGGAUUUUUAGCAAACAGUGAGAAGAGCAAACUAAAUCCCAUUCCGAAUAAAAAAGAUGAAGUAGAUGUAAGUGUGUUCACUUUAAAAUGAAGUGCUAUUCUAUUUUAUAUGUGGCUAAAUGUAAUUUAGGCAAGGUUAAUCUCAAGCUAAAGCUGCCAGCGGUCUCGCUCAGUUUGCACAUGAUCUGUGGGGGUGCCCCUUUCGAGUGCGCAGGGGCAAACUAUGUACAGCCUUGCUCUCUAGCGAUCAUUGCGAUCAAUGCUUUUGUGCUCAAGCGAAUCUUUGCGAAUUCAUUAGCCCCACCCUCCCUUCCCAGAGGGCUACUUGAUUUCAGAGGUAAGUAUCAGGUAAGGUAAGUAUUUCCACUGGACUAGUUUCAGUGCGAUGGUGCCUGUUAGCGGCUGCUACUGGGGUGGUUCCCGCUUGCCGGGUUGCCAUGGAGACCUCCCUGCGGUGCCUGAAUUACCUCGGGCCCUUCCCCGCUUACUUUUAAGGCACCAGUUCCCAAGCUCAUCAAUUGGCGACGAGUUUGAAGUGCUACAAAGUGAGCAGAAUCACUCAGUUUUUCUUAGAUUAAUAUUGAUUCUUUUGGAUAAAGUUUUUUUUGUCAAGAAAUCAUCUCCAACCCAUUGCGAUCACCUUCUAGGCAAAACCAUGCUCAUUGUUUGCUUCCUUCAUGGUUUCUAAGAGGCAUGAUUGGAACUGACUGUCAGAGUUGUCUUGUUUGAUGAAUUAUUGAAUGAUGUUUUGUGUUUGAAUUUAAGUUUAAAAGUAUAAAGUAAGAUUUCUAUUUACUGAUUCUGCUUCUUUUUAGCAAAGAGAAGGAACAUGGGGAGUGAUUUCUGAAAGAAUAUCAUUUGCCACCUUCAACUUUGUUGUGUCCUACCACCACCUAAGAACAAAAAAGAGAACAACAAUCAACAAAAGUAAACAAACUGAAGGUUGGCAUUUUGGUGGAAUUUUUCAGUAAUGUUACCAGAUUCCGGUUAGCUCAGUUAAUGUUACCAUAAUCAGGCCGAGGUUCAAACCCGGCUGGACCAACACUCAGGGUCUUUAACCAAGUUCAAGUGCUGCCUUUUCAAACAAAUGGAAGUCUUCUGGUAUCUAGUAAUAAAAAAUGUUUUCACUUUUUUUGGGGGCAUCAUCACUCAUUCCUUCAGUACUUGUAAACUGCACCUUAAGCAGUCUGGCAAAGUCCCCCAACCAGUGUUGUAAAUUAUCCCUGAAAAGCCCUGUGGGGAGUGGAUAAUAAGAUAUUUACAAUUUACAAUUUACUGUAAUCAUAAUAACAUGCCACAUACCAAGUUCAAAAUUUCAAACAAGAAAACUGGUAUCUAAUAAAAAAAAAAAUAAAAUAAAUGUUUUUUUUUAACAGUAGCAGGUGCCCAAAAUUUAACAAGUUUGUCCCUUCCCUCAAAAAUAUAAAUGGAAAUGUGAAAUUUGUAAUAUAUAUUUUGUUUGUGAUUCUACACUUCUAAUCCUUCUUGACUUGACUCAACUGCGUUGGCCAAUGGAGAGGUCUUCAUUAGGUGACACCCAUAAAAAUCCUGUCCUUUUCCUAGCAACCAUCAAACUCAUGCUGCUGUGGCAGUAAUAAUAAAAAAAAUUAUGACUGUAUGAUUGCAUGCACUUUCAAUGUAAACUGAUAGAAAAUUAAACCAGCUGCAUUUAAUUGUGUACAACAGCAAGAAAAAUCUAAUGAAACUAACAAAAAUAUUACCGGUAAGUUACAAGUUACAUCAAGUUAUUAUUACCUUCAUUGCGUGCACACAAGAAACAAUAUAAACUAGGUCUUAAUUUAAAGUUCAAAAUCAAAGACAAAUGCAAAAAAAAUAUUUCUUAUAGCUGUAGGUGUCUAUUCAAGUUUAUAAGUGUUUCUGUCAGUAUUAAGUAUGAUUUUUUUUCAGAUUUAGAAGAUAGCUUACCUGAUGCAAUGAAGGAGAUGUUUGACAUGGAAUUUGAUUUUCCUCCCAGAACACACUGCCUCAGCAGAUGGUACUAUGCAUUUGCAAAUUAUAUUUUGUUACCAAAAUAUAAUUCGCUCCAUGGAAGUUUAUUAUUAUGAGCCCUUCUGUUUACGCUGUUGAAAUUUCAGUCAGAUAGCAUACGGUAAAAAUUUUGGCCUUUACUCCAAUCCCCAUCAGAAUUUCUAGUCAGAGACCCACCGUCAGAGGGUUCUAGAUCUGGAGCCACCAAACCUUGCAGAUUUGCUGAGAAUUAACAGCAAGCUCAAUGCCAAGGCCUAGCUUGCUCUAAAAAAAUUCUAGGGAGCCUAAUGCUCUGAUCCUCUGAAAUCCCAGUUUCCCAAUAGCAAAAGUAAGGUGCCACAAGCCAUCAGGUCUAACUAGAACACAGUUCUGAACACACCCUAAUCAAACUUUUGGCGUGAUAAUAAAAUGAGAUGAGAGUUGAGCCUUUAGUCAAAGUUCUUAAAGAUCAUCUGAAAUUAUUAUUUGUGUUUAGGUAUGGAUUAAAAGAAUUCCUUGUGAUUGCUCCUGCUGGAGAUGCAGAAAUCAUAGAUAAUGAAUCAAAAUGUCAUCUUCUUCUGAGUUCUGUCUCAAUUGCAGCCACCAACACAAAAUGGUAAGCAAGAAGUUCCUGAUAUGUUCUAUUGUUUCCUUCUUCAAUGUUGAGGUUAAAAAAGCUCUGAAAACAAUCUUUGUUGAGGUAAAAGUACAAUAACCUGUUUUUUCAUCAAUCUCUGUUUUAAACAAAAAGAAAUACAAGAUAGUAAGUUGUCAGUGAUUGAUCCAUUUAGAGGUUUGUGUGCUGCUGACUACGCAUGGAGGUGUGGUGGCUGAGUUGUCAACACCUCAAACUUCAGAUCUGUGGGUAGGUAUGGGGUUCUACCCAUGCUAUCACAUUGCAUCCAAUGACUGAAGACCUAACCCCUCUUUGUGCCUCUCCACAAAGCUGUUUAAAUGGGUAUAAUUAGCAACAUUAUAAUGCUGCAGGUGACCCUGUGAUGGACUACAUGUAGCAUCUCAUCUGGGGGGAAGUAGCUUAUAAUUCAUCAGUGUAGGUGCUUGAAGCUAACAGAAACAGGGUAAAGCUGUGGUCAUGUCUGCCUCCUUGGCUUGUGCAUACUUUUACCUUUUUUAUACUACUAUGUGGUGGGCAGAAUUCUUUCAUGCCCAAUUUAAACAAUCUGAAGAUAAACAUCUAAAAACUAUCACUAAUUACGACUACAUGCAUAUCUAAAUACCAACCUCAUUCUGCAGCUAAAGUGUCUGUUGAAAAUGUUAGUGCAUAAAGUUAAUUUUAGUAGAAAUCAGCACAGACCCCAAAAUGUAGCAUGGGUAGGGGUGGGGAAGAUGAUGAUGAUCAGCUUUCUUUGUUUGGGGAGGACAGACUCAUGAGGAUAAAGAAUUAGAGUUAAGUGUUUGGCAAAUGCAAGCCUCAGCUCAAGCUCCUGGUUGAUAAUAUCUCAAAUAGAAAUCCAUAGAAAUAAAUAGUUUCAAAAAUGAAAAGUAACAAAUGCCCUCACUACAUUUUCUGUGUGCCAUACAUGUAACAGUACAGCAAUAUUGAAAAUAUAUAUAUUUAUCAUUGUUGCAGCACAGUGCCCAUGUUUGCUCAUGUUCUUCAGCAGUGGAGAAAAAUCUACUAUGGCUUCUGUAUUGGUGGGGGAUUCCGCACCGCAUUUCAGAUUUCCCAGCUUCGCCGUAUUCCAAGUCAAUUUCAACAUUUAGCUGGACUGCUUGAAAUCUUCAAGGACAAAUUAGUGAGUGCAAUCUGAUUUGCCCAUUCCCCUUCUUGUCUUUCCCCUUCAACUUAUAGCCAGCAUAGCUGGACCAAUAUAUCAAAGAAGAAGGAGAAUUCAAACACCAGAAAGCUGAGAAAAAUUUUCUGAGCUCCAGGUGAUAAUUGAACUCGCAACCCUCUGAGUUCUAGUUUGGACACUCUAAGCACUGAGCUACUACUGGAACUCUAGUGGCGAGCAGGGUCGGAAUUUAAAUACAAGUACCACCAGACUUUAAGGAUUUCAUCGCGGACUUAAUUGAAAUUUGGCCAUCCACCAGUGUACAAACCCAAGACUGUAUAUUUAUAUUAAAGAAGAAGGAGAAUUCAAACACCAGAAAGCUCAGAAAAAUUUUCCGAGUUCUAGGUGAAAAUCAAACUCAUGACCCUUCGAGUUCUAGUUCGGACAUUCUAACCAGUGAGCUACUGGAACUCUAGUGGCGAGCACGGUCGGAAUUUAUAUACAAGUACACCAAUAUAACAAGUGCAAAAUUCCCAAUCAGCAUAUCUCUUAAGAUCAUUGAGAGACACAAACUUUACCACUCCAACAAGGUAGCAAACCCAGGGUGAAUCAUUUAACCCCUUAGUCCCUACAGUAUACCCAAAUAGAAUUUCUCCAGACUGGUGUCCUUACACUUCCUUAAGGAAUAAGUUGAGAGAAUUUGUUAAAUGAUCAAAGCAUUUUCCUUUGGGUGACCAUCUUAUUAAUUCUCAUAACCUUUCCUCUUGAUUAUGUAUCGACAUUGUCAGGAGAAAAUUCAUUUUGUUCAUUUUGGGGAUUUCAAGGGUUAAGCAGCACUCUUAAUGAUUGGUUUCUUUUAUCCCAGACAUGCCCCAUAUCUCCAGUACCACCAGUUACACUGACAGUUCGGUUUACGUACAUCCUGGAUGAAUGGACAGACUACGCAUGGCCUCAGGAACCUCCUGAUCCAUCGUCGUGUUUGGAAUGUAAAGUUGGAAUAGACGACUUAGGCAGAUUGCCAUUUGGGGCAUGUCUAGAUCCAAUAAGGUGAGAAUGCACUUUCCUGAGGUACUUCUUUUUCUAAAUGUCAGUAGUUGAAUAUAAGCAUAGCUUGAAUCCUCAAAAGCUUGGCAAGGGGAGUAGGGGUACUAGGGGUCACAAGCAUGCCUGAAGGAGGUGGAAUGCAAUAAAAUUCUGCAAGUAAAUGUUUGGACCUCUUUGUCUAACUUUACUCUUCCACUUAGCACUAAUGUUUCCUUCUUACAUGUAGCAACACUGAUUGUUGGAAGGUUCUUUUCCAUAGAGAGCUUCAUUUAUCGACUACCUGGCCUUGCCUUUCAGAGGAAGUCAUUGUUGACAAUUCUGUUUAUUCGUAAGUCUUUAAGAGAGUUUAAAAUAUGCCUUGUAUGUUUAAAAAAGAAGUAAUAUCAAGCAUCACCAGAUGAAACACCUUGAAGUUCAUCAAAAAUACUCUGCUGCGCGUCGUAUUUUCAACUCUCUUCUCAAUGUUUCAUCUGGUGAUGAAGCACUGCAUCUCAUGCUUGAUAAAUUACUUAAAUUCUCCCUUUGUUUAACAAGAGAAUGACAAGUUGUAAGAAGCAUCUGGCAGUUCGUUCCAAGUCAGUUGAGACUCUUUGCUAGGCGAUUCCCCAGAAUGUCAUUGCAUCAGAAGAAGGGGUGGGGGAGAAUUUGUCAGUUUUACAGCUUGAAAGCAUGUACUAACCCAGAAGUCAUUUUGAGUAGCCCGAAAAAAUUUUUGACAGGCAGGAUUAAUAACUAAUUUAUUAUAAUUAAUUAAUUGAUUAUGCCAUAAGGUAUAUUAAUUACUUGCUCUAUUAAUUCAUGGUUGGAGUAAGCUUUAAUAAAAUGAAAUCUUUAGGGCCACCUUACUUCAAGGAUUUCUUAAUUGUUUUUACCCAAAGGCUGUGCAUAUCACACAACGUUUAUGUAAUCUGAUACAGUGAGUUGUUUUUGCAGAUUUUAGUUUUCAGAGUAGCUUGGUCCAUGUGGACUUACUUAAUAAUAUUAAUUAUUACAAUUAUGUAAUUUGAAGUCCAUGAAAAACUUCACUUGCCUGUUAAGCAAAUUAAGAACAGAAUUCACUAUCCCAAUCGUAAAAUCUACUAGCCCUAGCAUUGGGACACAACUUUCUUUGCAUGCUAUACACAUGGCCAUUGUAAGAAUAGCUAAUCUCUAGAGGUUUUCCUUACUUGCAAUUCUUGUUAUUAUUGCUUCAUAGUGACCUGGACCCAUGCCAUGCCCCUCAGUGGUCAGUGAGAGCUAAAAUGAGUGAUAAUCCCCAAUGCUUACUUGGUUAGUACACAUUCCUGUCCUGGUUAUUAUCAAUAUCAUGGCUGAAUACGCAUGCGGUUAAGUCGCGAUACUUACCAACAUCAAUUUUCUCAUGCGGUUAAUUUCCAUGGAAAAUUGAUGUUGGUAACUAUUGGCCGAUAGUUACCAACAUCAAUUUUCUCCCACCAACAUCCAUUUAUAAUCAUGAGAAAAGGUAAUGAGAAUCAUAAAAUGGUCACCAAAAGGUCCUAAGAAUUUGUUUGUUGAUACUGGGACUUCAGUGGUUUAAGAUGAAGCAAAUUCUGUGUUCUGAUUGGCUCCCCAAGCCAUCUUGCCUCUUUACGAUUUGCCGAUCACAGUAUCUUGUCUGACAAUAGUUGUAUUGUUAUACUCGUUUUUCAAGAUUUUACUUUGUCAGAUGAGGUUGAAAAAGAGCUUUUUGUACACGUGAAUUUAUGGGAAUUUUAAGUGUGUCUUAAAGUACUUGUGUAAUUUGAAUUUCCUCAAACUUCAAGAACAGAAUUCAUUACCUGUAUGACUCUAUUGGGAACUUUUUUUAUUGCAUACUGGACAUUGCGUUAAGGAAGGCAAUCAUUUUUGUUAAGGUUGAAGUGUAACUGAAUAAUGCCUGACACUCAAGAUUAUAUUGUUGAUUGACUCCUCUUGCUAGGUGAAUAUCUUAGUGGCUACAUAACAUUGUGCCACAGACAAGAAUCUACUCUACAGCUUCUAAACAAGACAGUCAUGGAUGAUGAUAGUGAGCUGCUAUUUUGCAUUACCUUAUCCCUUUAAAUUAAUAUUUAUUUUAUUAAUUUAUUUUCACAUUAAAAUGAGGGCAAAAUUUUAUAGAGUACUAGCAAAAAAAAUUAAUUAGAAUGUACAAAAAUGAAUGUUGCAAAAUUUGAUAAUUUGAUAUUUUCAUUUGUAACUUAAAACAACGCUUAAGUUGUGGGUUACAAGGGGAGUCCACAAACCUAAUCUCCAGGUUGUUAUUACGCAUGCGUCGCAUGUAUGUAGCCAGCAUUUGUUUGGACUUCGGCCAAGAAUGAAUGGAAUGCACAUUACACAAUUUGAUCACACCUCGUUUGGACCUUCUAUCAAUUGUCAUCUGAUCAUGCGUGUUUUUGGCCAUCUGUCACGGGAAACUUACAUAAAGCACAGCAUUGGAGAGAAAGCAUUUUGACCUUCUAUCAGUGUCGCCCGCACUCCAUAACCUUUAAAUUAUUACUAGUUAACCCAUGUAUUCUAGAGUUGCUUCAGGUCAAAAACUUGAGGGCUAAAAUAAAAAAACUAAGGAAGAAUUUUUUUUACACAUUUCUUAAAUUGUUAUUUUUGGCCGGGUUGUAGCUUAAAGGGCCAACUAGGUCAUAGGCCUGAAAGCAUUGAUUUUGUCAAAUUGUAAAGGUAAUUAAUUGACACUCUUUUCUUAGGUAACAUAGCAGACAUAACUCAAGCUCUUCAGCGGCUCACAGAGGGUCCUCAUGUGGCAUCCUUGUCGACAGCUGUUUCCAGGGCGACGUCAAGAAUAUCAGCCAUGGGUGAACGAAGUUCUGAUGAAUAUCCAAUCCCUGGAAAUCUUCUUAAGGAAAUUCUUAAGGUAGCUUACAGUGGAGCUUCAAAAUGAUUUGCUACAUAUAACAAAUUCCUUAGUAUAAUGAACAAGAUUCUUCACCCCAGUAAAAAUAAAAUAUAUGAAAAGUAAUCUUGAUAAUUAUUAUAAAGAAACCUUGUUAUAGUAAACACAUUCUGGUAGUCCCAUUUUAUCAAGGUUUCACUAGUUACAGGGUUCGCAAUUAGGUUGAAAGUCCUUGAAAGUCCGUGAAUUUUAAAAUAAAAAUUCCAGGCUUUGAAAGUCCUCGAAAAUUGCAGUCAGUGCUGGAAAGUCCUGAAAUUCUAAAUGUUAACGCUUUGUUUUAAGAAGAACUCCAAAGGAAAAGGAGCAAACACAGAAAGACCUUUGGGAUAAAAUUACUCAUGUUGUGGAAGAACUAAAAAAGACAUAGACUCAAGGCUCUUUUUUUCACUAAAUGGAGUCCUUGAAAAAUGGGAUUUGUGUCCAUGAAAGUCCGUGAAAAGUCCUAGAAUUUUUUGUUCAAAAACGAGUACGAACCCUGUACUUAGCUAAUACAUUAAAACGUCUCCUUUAGGACACCUGUUCAUAGCCUGAGAAAACAGCCAACAUUUUGUGAUGGGCCUGGCUUCGCCAUGAAAUGAUGUCUGAGGAACAAGAGCAGAAAUUUCAUACUGAUGAUGUCUCUCUCCCCAGAUCUGAGUAGUACUUUAACCUAUCAGAAGCACUAACCAGAUCUGGGUAGUGACAGUAUGUCAUCAGUCAAUUUCUCAGACAUUACAGUCAAACUCCGUUAAUAUGGACACCAUAGAAAGGCCAUAGAAACUGUCCGUAAUAACGAGGUGUCCAUAUUAAGUGGGUGUCCGUAAAGGUUUGACUGUAUUUUGUAGGGAAACCAUUGGUGGCUUUGUGAAUGUCAGCUGUUUACUCAGGCUACUCUGAAAAACUAGAAAUGAAGACCUAUAAGUGUUGCGAUGGGGGCUUCAAUCAAAACUCUUCUCUUAGUGAGUCAUUUUAAGGAAAAAGUCAUUUUUUCACUGAAAUAGUGGAAAUUUGGUGUGAAGAAGUUGUAGCCCCAUGUUGACUUUUCCAGCAUAACAAGAAUAAUUCAGUCAUCUGUUUUUUUUCUGCUCACAGCAUUUAUUUCCAGAUGCUGAUCAAGAUUUAGAAAAGCUAGAGGUUGCACAACAGGAAAUGCUGUUUGAUAAAAUGGAAAACAAUGACACUUAUAAUAGCCAGGGAACACAGGUUUGAUGAAACUUUGUUGUUCUUGUGUCUGUAGAUACUUAACUGAUUCUUAGCAGGCUACAAUCAAAGUUCCAUUUUGUUUGUUUGCUAUUUCAUUCACCAAUUUAUUCUCAUUUCAUUACCAUCAUUUCUUUCAAUCAUUCAGUCAUUCAUGCGCACAUACAUUAAGUCAAUCAGUAAGAUAGACACAAAACAUUGUCAACUGAGUUGAUACAGUCAAGUUACCGCCAAAAAAGAUUCAAAAGUUGAUGUUUCAAGUGCAUAUAUUUUCCACUGUUAUUUUAACCUCCCAUUCUUUCUUACAGUUUGUCGCCUUUAGGUGUCGCAGUGCGCUUAUCGCCUGGUUUUUGCGGUUAUUUAAGCGGUAAAUAAUUUACGUUCGUUUGAGCGAAGCGAAUGAGAUCGUAAUAACCCUUUCAUACAGCAGAUAAGCCAUUCAAUCAGGCCUUAAGCUAGCCUGAGAAACCAACUUUUUGCGGAAAAACCGGUGAAAGCAACACAAAAUGUCGGCUGUGUUCCCCGGCUAUUGUUUGGCCAGUCAGCCAUUUAUUUUUUCCCUCCGUCAUUGCGGUAAAUAUUUGAUUGUUGAAUUUUAAUUUGAAAAAAUUUACUUUCCAGGACAGAUUUCGUGGUUUGAAAACUGCACCAGAAGACAGCCUUACUUUCUUUCUUGCUGUGUGCAUUUGUAUAGUUUAUCAUAGUUAUGGAGGUGAGGAUGCUUAUUCAAAGUUUAAUAAAACUUAUGUGUCACUAUUUUAGUCGGGGAGAAAGAAUUUUUUUUUAUGCAAAACAAAUUCUUAUUAGAAUAGACCAUUCCACGAUGGCGUCAGUUUACCCAUUGUCUCCCUUAACCUCUUCCUCCUCCUCCUCCUCCUCCUCUUCCUUCCUCUUCACCCCUCCACCCCCUCCUCUUCCUCCUCCUCCCUUUUCCUCUCUUCCACCCCCCUCCUCCUCUUCCUUUACUCCCUCCCCUCCCCUUCCCCCCUUCCUCCCCCUCCCUCUUCCCCUCUUCCACUUUCCCCUCCUUCCCCUCCCUCUUCUCCUCUUCCAACUCUAUGGAAAGCAUAUCUUUCUUUUUUCUUGGCAGGUUUAAGAGCCGUGGCGCAUUUAUGGCAGGAAUUUGUUUUAGAAAUGCGAUAUAGAUGGGAAAAUGAUAUAUUUAUUCCAAGGUACUGUGGAAAAAAAUUUUCAGCUCUCACAGAAGUCACUUACCACCUCUUUCGAUCUUUUGUACGCGGGGAAAUAACCCUACUAGAAUUAUUAAGCCUUCAUCGGGUCUCGUCUUACAAACAAGGUAUAUAAUAUAUAGAUUUAGCCAGAGCUAAAAUCAAAGCUCUCGUUAAUAUACUUACGCGAACAAAAAAUAAAAUCGUGUAAUGCGAAACGGCGACACAACUAUAACGGCACAAAAAAAACUUUUCACGUGCAGCACACUUUUUUGUACAUUUCUUUAACAUUGUUUUGCUCGACUAAAACGUGAAAGUUCGUAGUUACACGUGUCAAAUACAUCAACAUGUGUCCGUUUAAUGCAGACUCGUACCCAGUCGCUCUUUAUGUGUUUUUUGGAGUGAGAGAAGAUUGGGGGUUAGGUUAAGGCGCGCGGGGUCUCAUGGGCAGGUACGAAGGAAAAAUAGCUAUUUUCCUUCGUAGCUAUUUUUUUCCCUUUGUAACUUCCCAUGAGACCCCGCCCCUCAACCUAACCCCCAAUCUUCUCUCAUCCCAAAAACAAGUACAUAGCGACUGGGUACGUGUCUGGGACGGACGGUCAGGUGAUAACCAAAAUUUCUCGGAUCUAAAGGUCACCAUUUUUUCUUACUCAUGUUGCUCCGGUGCACGCGCUUUUGCGCGUGAGAGAACUCGAUAUCGUUAACUGCAGAAUGCGAGCGUUAGAUAACAUCUCAAUAUUCAUGCUAGAACUAGCUCACACAGCAGAUAAUUUCUCUCUGUAUUUACACAGGCUAAACCUACAGCCACCUAAUUUGGGGAGUUGUUUAGUUCAUCAAAAAUUACAGGUUAGUUUUCUUUUUUAGCUCACCCAAGACUGUUUUUUUGCUUUCCGUAUUUACUUACGGUCUUACUUUUAAAUUAUUUCCUGUACUCAAUCAAAAGUUAGGUUGAGAAAUGUUGUUGUAGAAAGUAUAGAAGCCGUUCAAUCAAUCAAUCAAUCAACUUUUUUAAAAGACGGUAAACACAUAACAGCAAAAUCUGACAAACCAGUGGCCCUCUACCAAACUACUUAAGCUAAAAAUUACGAUAAUUAUUUAUAGUAAGAUACCUAGGUUCUACUUUUGCAACAAAAUCGGUGCUUGUUGCGCGUUUUACCGGCCCAAGGCAAACUUGUCUUGCAGCAGGCGACGUAACUCCAGUUGUGUAUGGCGUUACUCGUGCGUAAUUUUAUCCAAUCAUAAAUCAGUAUUCACGCAACUUGCAACAACCUGAUUGGUUGCAAGACAGGUUUGAACGUGGGUGGUAAAACGCACAAUAUCUCUUUUCAACUCAUUUGGCAGCAAUGUUGCAAAACAAGUUACACGUUUUCAUUCCCCAUUUUACCGUAACUUUGAUCAACUAUUUGUUUUUCUCAUUCAUUUGCAGAUGUUGAACUGUUGUAUCGAAAGAAAGCGGCUCUCUAAGAUUCGAACAGCAAGUCUUCAGUUUUCAAAUAACGUGGGCGGUAACACUGAAUCCAGAACUAAGAACAACAUUUCUUUUACGGAAAAUCUCCGGAAAAGUAAUUCAGAAGUUCAAAUUGUUCAGAUGGAAAGAGUGGAAUCACAGUCGAGUGUUUCGGAUGAUGAGGACGAAUUUUUUGAGGCUGUUGAAAGCCAAGAUAACACUGUAAAAGAGACUGGAAAAUCUUUAGUUGAUUCGGAAAGUAUACAAGGUGAAUCCGAAAAUGAAAGCGACAGGACUUCGGGAGUCGAGAAAAAUAUACAAAGGACAGAUAGUGACUCUAAUAUAGAUGAUAAUUGCGCUAAAAAUAACUCGACUUCGUGCAGAAGAGAAGGAGCAAAGGAGCCUUUUGGAGAGGUAAAGCUUCUUGUUUCUGGCGAACCGUUGUUUGUUCCAGUUACUCAGGUAUGUUGAAAUAGAUAUGGACCACAUCCUUUAACCUCGCUUUCGGAUCCCCGACUCGAAGUACGUGUCUUGAGAUCAGUUAAGGUUUCUAGAAACUGCCCACCUACCCCUCCCCUAAGCCAUCAUUUUGCCCAAAGUGAAAAUUACGUGUUAAUGUUAGCAUGAGAGAGGGGUAGGUGGGCAGUUUCCUAGAAACCUAAAUUGAUCGGUUUCUUUUUGCUGUGUGGUAUGAGUUUGAGCCCUAAUAAGUGGUGCGAACAACCCUGGGGGAGAUACCGUUCCCGUGCCCAUAACCCGCCCCUCCCCCUCCCCCUCCCCCUAAGUCAAGAGCUUGCUCAGCUCGCAGGCUACCACAAUGCUUAAGGUUGAUAGGGGAUAAUGUCCGCUACCGACCGGACCCUAGUGCCCAAGCUAUCGAUUGCAGUUUACUAACGCUCAUUUGAGUGACUGUAAUUCUCUGUCCUUGUAGAAAAAAAUUAGACUCGGUAUGACUUGAUCGCAAGCCCACUUAUUGCAAAGCCUAUGGCUAAUGAUAAAUGGAUGACCGUGACUCUUAACCCCAUUAUAACUAAGCUCUAUAUUGAGGACCCCAAUGUAACGUAUUCCUGGGCGAAAUAUUUUUUCAGUCCAUUGGCACUUCGUUUUGUCGACGUUUUACUGUAAUUUGACCAUCACAAACUUGAAGAUCCUGUUUGUCUUGUUUAAUCACUGAUUUUGUGACCAAUGCUAUACUAGGUGUUCUCCUAUAAAGUAGUAAUCGGGAUCGUCACGCAAUGCGUCUUCUGAAAUAUCGAGCGUGACAAUCCAAAUAAUGUGGCUGCAUGGAUGAGAUUUUUGGAUGGUUCUAACUUUGAAAAAAUCUUAAGAAAAACGUGGACUCGGGGUACUUGACCGGAGGCGAUCAUGCAUCACACGGAUCGAGAUUGAUAGGCGAAAAUAAUUCUGUGAAAAUGUUUGGCUUCAUUUCAUCCCAACGUAAUAAAUGUUUUUUUUUUUCCAUUUUUGCAUGCUUUUUCUGAACUCAGGAGCCAACACCGUUGACGGAGGACAUGUUAGAAGAGCAAGCUGAGAUCCUUACACAAUUGGGCACCUCUGAAGAGGGGGCUCGUGUGAGGGCCCAAAUGCAGUGCGCUUCUUUGCUCUCCGAUAUGGAGGCCUUCAAGGUGGGUUAGUAAAAAUCAAACUUCGACAAACUGCAGUCUUAACCGUUAAAUCUAUGGGUGGUGAAUGUGACCAUUCAAAUGAAAGCUACUGAGCAGUACUUUCCUGUGGUACUGUUUAUUAUGCUGUACAAAGUGGCUCUAAUUUUUGGGUCUGUGGGUGAAAUUCUAGUUUUGACCAUUCGAGUUAAAGUUGUCAGAAAUACUCUUAGCAGUUUGUUUCACUCUGAAAGGAUGCCCGUGUGAACAAAAGUCCAUUAAAAGAAAAAAACCAUUGAUUGUUUGUUGAAAACCUUUUGUUGGUGGGGAUUGACGUAUUUUAUAGUAUGGAGUGAAAUGAUGCUUACUCUGAAGUGCUCUCCUGUACAUGCCGUACUGCGUAUUGUGCAGGGCUUAUUUGGGAAGUUUUAUGUUUUGUUAUUUUAAAGAAAGUUUUAACUACCAGUGCACUAUGUUAAACCUAUGCUAUGUUAAACCUCGUCUUUUAAUAUUGUGAGAACCGUGUUGAACAUCUGUGGUGGACUAGCAAGGCUUUAUACGGUUUGUUGAGGUACCUACCCCUCCCCUAACCCAAAGUGGACAUUAACUUCUCACUUAGGGCAAAAUCUUUGCUUAGGGGAGUGGCAAAUGGGCAUUUUUCCAGAAUCUUGUACUGAUCGGUAAGACCUACUGUACUUGGUACGUGGAUUUAAGAUUCUGGGCAACUGCCCGUCCACCCUUUCCGUAAUCUAAAGAUAAACACCAACUUCUCACUUAUGCAAAAUGUUGGCUUAGGGGAGGGGUAGGUGAACAUUUUUUUUUCCAGAAUUUUGACUGUUUAUAAUACUUACGGUGCUUGGUAUGCGCUUUUGUCCCCAUUAGGCUGCGAACCCGGGCUGCCUUCUGGAGGAUUUUGUGCGAUGGUAUUCGCCAUUUGACUGGAUACCAGGUCCUGAGACAGAAGAGGAGAUAGAAGAAUUAAGAAGACUAAAGCGGGAUAAAGAGAAAGAAAAUAAAGAAUCUAGCACAUGUGUUACAAGUGAGUAGAUGAAAACGAAUUCAGAAUUCAAGGGGCAGACAUAUGUAAUUGUAACAGGACUCUUGAUGAUAACUUGACAUGUAAUAAUACAUAUCAUUAGUUUCAAAAGUGGAAAAUAUGAAUACGGCUCUUAGCGCUAGUAAACAUUAAUCUGGUACUGGGCUUGGUUAGACACGAAUCUGAUGUCAAGCACAGAAACACGAGAUGCCAGUGACACGCCCGGGAACACAUGAAUUCAAAGCUAAACGCGAGGAAGUAUGAGCCCGAUGCCAAUCGCCUCAUAAUUUAAGUCGUAUGCUAAGCGGGAGAAAGCAAUUCCGCUGCCAAACGCGGGAAAACUGGAAUCUGAUGUGAUGCUUAGCGAAAAGAAAUAUUGUAAGAGCGGAAAAACAUAACUCUUUGCCAAGCGCGAAAAAGCAAAUUCGAUACCUGACGUAGAAAAAAAAUGAAUUAGCGCGGGAGAGCAAAUCCCAUACCAAGCGCGGGGAAGAAAAUCUGAUCCAUACGUGGGAAAAUAUGACUCCAGUGCGAAAAGUUGAAAAACAUGAAUCCACUGCCAAACGCAGGAAAACAUGAUUUUGACUCCAAGCGCGGGAAAACACGUAUCAAGCGCGGGAAAACCUAUGCUAAGCGCGAGGAAGAAAAGGAAAAUAAAUCCGCCAAACGUUGCCAAAACGCAGGAAAACAAGAAUAAGCGCGGUAAACCACGAAGCCCGUGAAAAAAACAUGAAUUUGAUGCAAUGCCAAAUGCAGGGGACCAAGCGCGGGAAAACAAAUGCGAUGCCAAACGGGAAACGGAUGCCAAACGUGGGAAAACACCAACUUGAUGCGAAGCGUGGAAAAAAAAAUCCGAUGCCAAACGCGGAAAACAAGACUCUUUUUAAAUAUUUUAAUAUGCUAAGCGCGCAAAAACAUGAAUGAGAUGCCAAGCGCGGGAAAACAUUAGAUCCAAGAAGCGAAGAUGGGAAGAAAUUAAUACGAUGUGAAACAUGGGAAUCUCGUUCAAACGAGAAAAGGGGAUCAAACGGACGGUUUAAAUAAGUUUCUUCACGUCAUUGGCAGUUUUUAUUUUGCUAAUUUUCCUUUGCGCAUUUGCCGCUGGCUAGAAUUUGACAUAACCUUCCUUUUCCAACCGUUUAAUUGUUAGCUGGAACCAGUGGCGUAUCAGUAGAGGAAGGCUGGGACACUGAAGAUAUCGAGGUUCCGGAAGAAGAUUUGCUUUCAAGUGACGCCAAGGCUCUUAUGGAAGAAGCGAAGGCUGGCAAUGUAGAAGAACUACAGGUCCCAAAUAAGGUAGAUCCUCUUUGCCAAUUAAACGAUUAAAGAGGUUCUACUUACUGUGAAAAGAGACACGAACUUUCUAGUCAGACAGCUUAAAGUUAAGAAUUCAAUUGCUAACCACUUUAGUUACUUUGCAAGUUUGAGAAUUUUCUUGAGUAUUGCCCAAAAGGGCGGUAAAAGGAAGAAGACAGCAAAACGUUUGUUAUGACAAACUUGACAGGGCUGUAUCUUACUGAUCUUACGAGUUUUGCUGUGAUCUCUACUUAACAUUACUGUGGCUGGUCUUGAAAGAAAGGUCUGUUUAAAGGAAGGUGAAGUUUGGCGGAAAACUUUUUUGAACAUAAUUAUUGUCACGCUUGUCAGACAAGGGUUGCCGUCUUCUUUCUGUCGUCGUCCUGUUGCGUAAGUUCACUAAUGUUUAAGUAAGCGACUUUUACUUGCUGUCGUAGACUACCAUAGACGAAAUAUCGGCUAUUUGUAAGUUAGAGGCGUUCAGUUUCUUGACGUGUAAAUAAAAUUAGCGUGUGGUUUUGAUGCUAUUGAUAUCAACCGCUUAUCAAUAAGGACACUGUCUAUGGUCCCCUCAGAGUUUGCAUUAACAGGGUUCGAUCAUUUUUUUUUCUUUUUCAGUGGAGAGAGGAGGGGCAUCUAAGCCUUCGCAUGCGCAUUCCAGGCAACAUGUGGGUUGAAGUGUGGCAGAGUGCACGUUCAGUCCCAGUCCGUCGACAGAAGCGACUUUUUGAUGAAACUAAAGAGGCCGAAAAGGUAUUAGGGUCACUCAAGGGUCACUCAAGUCAAUCACUACACGAGCUGACAGUGCAAUGAACCAAUCACAUCUCGAAGUAGUGAGAUACGUGUCACCAGCGAAGCGUGGGAGAAGGCGUGGGGCCUGGGCACGUUGCAUUUAGGUCUUACUUCUUAUUGGCCGAGAAAGAGGCGCGAGAGUUUUUAGGCAGUCACAAAGCAAUGCUACCUUGUGGAUAAGGAGUGACCAAAACAAUAUACCCUUUUACCUUCUGUGUUUCGCUUUCUCAAUCUAGGCCUCAAUCUCAAGAGGAAUUUGCCCUUUGUUUUUUUCGUAUAUUAUGCGUACAGAUGCACGUGAAUGAGGCAAAAUUUGAGAGAAACAGUUCUCCAGAGUAUUAUCGCAUGCCCUACAUUGGGAAUACAAACCAUACAAGCUAAAAAGAUCUUUCACGAAAUUCAAUCUUCGUACUUGCAGUUGGAAAAAAGAAUGUAUACGCGCUUUUCACGUCAGUUUCAACUUUUUUACAUUUUAUAUAAGAGAUUUACAGGAUCAAUGGGCCUUUGCACCCUCAUGACGAAAUAGCACUUUCUGACUCUUGUGAAUCAAGCUGUAAACACUUAUCUUCUGGGAAUGUAGGAUUCGUUGAUUGUGAGCCAUCCUACAACAGACCACGUAAAACAUUACCGCGCAGUUUUUAUCCACAAUGCUGCACCAUGUACUUCAUGAAACGCAGGUGUAAUACAAGCGAGUUCUAAAUUCUUGGAACAGUGGCACGGUUCACCUGUUUCUCGAAUGUCCCGCCAGGUAUCGGGCCCAGAAGACCGCUUUAUGUUUGUCGUGUUCGCAUUCAGGUUUGAGGUUUUAUUAUUUAACGUUUUGAAAAUGAUUCAAUGAUUUAACGUCAUUAGAUAAAGAAUCAAAAUGUACUGUUUUGGGUGCUAGAACCUUCAACAAUGUUCUUUAGAGUUUGGUUUUAACAUAUGACAUUGGGCUUAAAAUACGACGUCACGCAACGCUCCUCCACUGUAGUCUGCUACACAGCCGUUGUUAGCGUCGUCACGCAACGACGCUAAAAGCGGCUGUGUAGCAGAUUAUAAAAACUGGGACUUUCGAAAAACGGGUCCAUGGAAGGAGUUCAAUUCACUCCUUUAGUUUAGCCUAGAAAGUGACGCGACAGUUUUUAACCAAUCACAUAGCGCGGUAACGCACCCACUUAACUCUUUACGAAAUUACUCUUAACGCGCAUUCAAGAACUCUGUUAAUACCACUUUCUUUGCUAGGUUCUGCACUUUCUUGCGGGACUGAAACCUGCCGAAGUAGCCUUCAAGCUGUUUCCUGUUUUGCUUCACUCCGCAGUUCUUCGUAUCGAGCAGGCAGGUAGGGCGUAGUACGUAAUCAUGGCUGAUGGCUCAGUCUCUUUGGUGGCAUUUGUCGUUUGUAGAAAACUACAGUCGAACCUUUAUUCAGCCACCACCCACAGUCGGGGAAUAACUAAGGUUCUGUUUUCAGCGAUUUAUUAGAGAGCUUAAGCAACCAUUACAACGUCAAAAAACAAUUUAGCCUAAGCCUACGUAGCAGGCGCUAGGAAGUAAAUGGGCGCAAGAGAGAACGGGCGCGUGCGAGGGAGACACGAGAGGGGAGAGGGAAAAAUCGCCCUCUCGUGUCUCCUUCUCGCGCGAGCGUUUUUUCAUGCGCCCAUUUAUUUCCUAGCGCCUGCUACGCAGGCUAAAAACAAUUGUUAUUAGGAAACUUAAGCAAAUACGUUUUUGAGACGUACGUCAACCGGAAGUGAGGCGUUCUCCCAAUUAACAUUCUUUGACGCUACCAAAACUGUGCUGCUAAGUGUCCUUUCUCCUAUAAAGAAGAUUUGCCGAAAAUUUGGGUAAAACCACUGCCCAAGGAUGCAAAAAGCCCACUUCCGGUUGACGGGCGUCGCCCAAAAACGAGUUUGCUUAAGCUCCUUAAUAUGAGCAAAACAGUUCUGCACGUGCAUCACGCUUUUUAGUACAUUUCUUUGACAUCCACUGAACGGCUACGACGUGAAACCAUCUAAUGCGACGUUUUAUGGAGGACGUGAACAUACGACGACGAAUUUUUCAACUCAAGUCGUCUGUAUUUGACAAAUUAAGCGGUCCAAAUAGACGUGAUAAAGUUUGUAAGGACGCAAAUUAAUUUUUUUUUAGUGACUUCUUAACUGCCGUCGUCAUCGUCGUUGGUUAAGCUCCCUAUUAGAACCUUUCAGGAGACGAACAAAACUUGGUAAGUUAAGUUCAUGAAAAGUUCGACGUCUUGUUCAGUUAAGUUCGUCUGAAAGAGUUCGUAGUCAAUCUUCACAUACGACGAACUAAAAAUUUCUAUGAUGAUGUAUAUUUAAUUAACAUCGUUCGGGAGAAAAUUUAUCACUGACCGGCUAAAAUUGCUUUUUGGUCUGAUUCAGUUGAUUGGUUCGACGCGUCCUCAGUUCGACGUCUGAUUCAAGAGACGAUCUUAACAUAAUUUAGGUCGACCCGAAUUAGAGUUUGGUUCGUCUCAUGUAAAGUUCGACGUUUGGCCUAGGCCUUGAGCAACGACGAAGAGGACGGCAGAGUAAACCUCACUAUUAAAAAAACUUCGGGUUUUUCAAAGUUUUUUCGGGAUUAUGCUAGUAAGUUUUCCUGGAAUUGAAUUCUUGGGGACUGAACCCAAGUUUAGAGAAAGAAAAAUCGGUCGUGUUCUGUUUAUGUGUUCCAUAAAACCUCUUGUGAGGGGAUUUCACGUUGUAGUCGUGCAGUGACGGCAGAGAAACGCACAAAAAGUGUUCUGCAUGCGCAGCGCUUUUGUUUUGCUUAUUAAACCUAUUUCUUUUUUGACGUUCUCGUUGCCGUGGCCCUUGCCGUUAUAGUUGCUAAAGUUCCCUAAAAGCUCAGUAGAGGGUGGCUGGUCAGUAGGAGGUUGUUCUUAAAGGGGACAGGUUCACAUGCGCUGAACCGUGAACCUGUCCCUUCAAGUUAACCGUACACCGUUUACCAUUGUUCGAAAAAAGUUGCUGGGCAGCAGUAGUGCUGCUUCUCUUCCCGGUCCUCUGAGAAACAAAUUCUGACAAGGCUUGUUUUUUUUCUUUUCCAGGUGCGCGCGAUAUUGCUGCUAUUUCCUCUCUUCUGGACAAAGUUCUUGGUAAAGCCAGCAAGUUGUCAUGGGAAAUGCCGCGGGAUUUGCCUCGAUGUGAGGUAACCAGUGCAAUGUCAUUUUUAGUUAAUAGAUUUAGACGAGAUCUUUAGAAUGAGGAUACGCAAAAACUUGAAACUGUAUUUCAACAUCCAGGAAAAACGGUUCAUCAUUUUUGCUUGUCAGGAAUUUGUAAAACAACUGCAGCUCUGUGAGCUGGUUGUGGCUCGUGCCCAUUCCCUCCGCUUCAAAUUUCAAGACGCGCUCUCAGACAACGGAAGUAACGGAGCAGAUAAGGACGUUGAACACUUCCUGUCAGCUCUGAUGGAAAAACCGGAAGUGACGGUCAUCGGUGCCGGAAGAGGUCCCGCAGGAAGGGUCAUCCACAGUCUGUUUUCCAAACAAGAGGUUUGUUUGUAGUUUGUUUUGGUUUAUUUUGGUUGUAUCACUUUUUGCAUGUGAUGCGGUUGUUGAUAUUUACAGCGUUCACCGAAGAGUAUGUUUUCAGAUCUCUGUAAGAGUUUUCUUUUCUUUUCUCUGUCAGAAUGCCAGAGUGCAAUUUGCCAGUGACAAAGUAGAAUCUCCAAAUGAGCUGGUGAGUAUCUCACUGGAUGCCAUCCACCCAUAAACUUUGCGUAAUACUUACCUCCUACUCCAGUAACGCACACAACACUGCAGCGAUGAUAACUGAGAAGAGAGUGGAGAAGUGUGACGUCAGGUAAUACCGUGGUCGCAAAAUGUCUGGAUCUCAAAGAUCUUUCUCGACAGAGACGGCGAUUUGCAUUGCCGAACGAUGGAAAAAGAAGUAUAGGCUACCGUUUUGUUCCUGAGUGCAGUCAUGCACAGGAAAGUUAUCUUUUCAUUUUUUUGAGAUCUAGACAUUUUGCCACCAUGGCAACGUGACGCGAUGACUUCUCUCACUAUUGAACGUGCGAUCAAUACACCUGUCGAUAGGGUGGGCAUAAGGCAAAUGGAUAAAGUAGCGGGGGGACUGUCUCCCCUGCCACCACUACAUUCCCUUACUACUGUGACCCCAGUGUACAUUAACACUAGCAAGUAGGCCAUUUCCGAGCUGCUCCAAGCUUCUGUUUCAAAGCGAGGCUUAGUGCGAAGCUAUUAAUAUGAAAAUGUUUUUUUUAUUGUCAUGAAAAUAAAACUCAUUUCUCAGAAAAGGUUCUGCACUUAAGCCUGGUUUCCAUAAGAUCGCUGUGAUGCUGCGAUCGCUGAGAAAGCAACGAUCAUAGAGAUCAUAUGUAAACCACUUUCCGAUCACAGCGAUCAAAGCGAUCAUAUGGAAACCAGAGUUUUUGCAACUCGGAAAUGGCCUACUUUAGAGCUCACCUUUUCUUCCCCUCCCCCCUAAAAAAACCUGCACUGUAGACAACGUUUUGGCGCAUAGGGAGCUUAAGCAAUAAUAGCGGCAACGGUUAGAAAACGUCACUUAAGAAGCGAAUUUCCGCUACUUCAUCAUCGCGCUUAUUCCAUCUCGUUUAAAUUCGCCACCUAGAGACUGUAUAGAAGUUCGGGAAAAGGAAAAGAAGGUCGUUGUCUCAUGUUCACGUCCUCCAUAAAACGUGAAAUUAGGCAGUUUUUCGUCAUAGUCGUGCAGUGACGGCAAAGAAAUGUACAAAAAAGCGUGCUGCACUUGCAAAGUUUUUGUUUUGCUAAUCUAUACCUUUUUUUUUUUUUGCCGUUUUAAUUGCCGCUGCAGUCGUUGUUACUUAGGGCCUGUUUACAUGGAGGUGGGGGACCCCAGAAAGGUGAGGUAACAUGUGGCUGGUCACCCCACCUAUCAUGUAAACGUGAUCAAAUUAAAAUGAGAAAUUAUAUGGACAGGCGGGUUACCUCACCUGAGCGGGCUACCUCACCUACCUGGGGUCCCCCACCUCCAUGUAAACAGGCCCUUAAGCUCCCUAGUGUUAGAGUUCUCUGGGCUUACCUUUUUCCUUAAUUAUGGGCUGGGCUAUUAUGCUUAACUGUACGAUUUUUGUUUAUUUUAAAGCAACCUUCACCAGCCUCUCUAGUGCAAGACUUCCCACCCCCUACCGGUCGAGAGUAUAUCUUAAGAACAACGAUUCCCCGUCCUCACCCGUCUUCGCGACCUUGUCCACAAAGAAUGUAUUGCGUGCUGACGAAUGACGAGUUCAGGCUGGCGGGCGCGUUUACUGAUGACGUCAUUUUUCAAUGACGAAGAAAAUUCAAGUCUUCAAGUUACCGAAUCAUCAUCAGCGGAAUAAGUUGAGACUUUUCUAGGAAACUGCGACUGCAAUUGUAAAAACUUUCACUUUGACGAUAGGAGAAAGACAAACAGCUCAGGUCACUAAAUAUAUUGCCUUCAAUAACACAUCUCAGAAAUGUUAGAUACAAAAAGAUUUUUGUAACUUUCUAUCAGUUUGGAUUACUAUUAGUAGAAACUUUUUAAUUAAUGAUCAGAUAAUUCUGCGCAGUUAAAUCGACGAAUAUCGGUGAACAUGGG